CGAGGCUGGGGGGGAGUCGUCGCCGCCGCCGCCGCCGCCACCGCUGCCGCCGCCGCCGCCGCCGAGGUGACUGAGGAGAGAGGCGCCUCCGCGCUCCCGCCGCCGCCGGACUUCAAUGCCCAGUCCCCAGCUCGCCAGCGUUUUUCGUUGGAAUAAACGUUGCACAUUUAUGGCGAUUCUGAGCGUGAGGGCAGACUUCUGCCAGGCUCAGCACAGCGUUUUCGCUGACAAGUGAACUUGAGUUGAGGGUCCUAUGUGCCAUAGUUAACAUUGCCUUGAAGACUCUGGACACCGAGACUGGCCUCAGAAACAGUUGGCUUUUUUUUUUUUUAAUUGCAAAGCAUAUUUCUUUUAAUGACUCCAGUAAAAUUAAGCAUCAAGUAAAUAAAAGUGAAACGCGACCUACACUUUAAACUUGUUUCACUAGUGCCUAAAUGUAGUAAAGGCUGCAUAAAUUUUAUAUGUAGUAGGAUUUUUUUUUUUUUUGGAGUCUGAAGGUAUUCAUCUGCAGACAUUGAGGCCCAAGUUGAAUUUGGAUUCAAGUGGAUUCUAAAUACAUCUGCUUAUAUUGAAGAACGAAGCUUCUUAAAGAAUAAGCAAGUUGAAUAGAGAAAAACACUGAUAACAGGCAUUUUAGUGAUCUUUUUAAUGUUUUCUGCUGUGAAACAUUUCAAGAUUUAUUAAUUUUUAUUUUUCAUUUUCCCCAUCACACACACACACACGCACGCUCACUUUUUUUUUUUGCCAUAAUGAACCGUCCAGCCCCUGUGGAGAUCUCCUAUGAGAAUAUGCGUUUUCUGAUAACUCACAAUCCUACCAAUGCAACCCUCAACAAGUUCACAGAGGAACUUAAGAAGUAUGGAGUGACAACUUUGGUUCGAGUUUGUGAUGCUACAUAUGAUAAAGCUCCAGUGGAAAAGGAAGGAAUCUAUGUCCUAGAUUGGCCUUUUGAUGAUGGAGCACCACCCCCUAAUCAGAUAGUUGAUGAUUGGCUAAACCUAUUAAAAACCAAAUUUCGUGAAGAGCCAGGUUGCUGUGUUGCAGUGCAUUGUGUUGCAGGAUUGGGAAGGGCACCUGUGCUUGUUGCACUUGCUUUAAUUGAAUGUGGAAUGAAGUAUGAAGAUGCAGUUCAGUUUAUAAGACAAAAAAGAAGGGGAGCAUUCAAUUCCAAACAGCUGCUUUACCUGGAGAAAUACAGACCUAAGAUGCGAUUGCGCUUCAGAGAUACCAAUGGGCAUUGCUGUGUUCAGUAGAAAGAAUAUAAACGAAGGCUGACUUGAUUGUGGCAUUUAGAGGGAACUCUUGGUACCUGGAAAUGUGAAUCUGGAAUCUUUACUGUGUCAUCUAAGUAGUGAUGGAUUCAAUACUCCUCAAUCACUUUUCUAAUGAUUGGAUGCAAACAAACAAAAAAAUCCUUGAAUAACACAAAUAAAAUGUUUAAGAAAAGAAAAAGAGAAAGAAAAAAAGGGAUUAAUUUAGUGAAGGAUCAUUUUCUCCUAGAGUUGGGAGUGUGAAGUUUUGCCAGAUUGAAUUAUUUCAAAGUCUCCUGUUGUGUUAGAUUUUCAAAGUAGGUCUCUAAGGAAAACCAGCAGAACAUUAGCCUGUGCAAAACCAUCUGUUUGGGGAGCACAGUCUUCCAUUAUGCCUGGCACAUAGACCCCCUCUGUUGGGGGAUUUCCUUUUUCUUUCUUUUUUUGAGGGGGGAGGGUGCAUAUUUUUAUUAUUUUCCUGACUCUCCCCUCCCCCCCAAUACAAGUUGUAGGUGGAAGGUGGAAUAGGAGACCCCCUUGUUGCUGGAAUAAGUAGGUCUAGGAGAAGCCCUUGUUACUGUAGAUGAGAGGACAGUCUGGCAGCCUUAAGCCCAUGUGGGCACUUUUAAGGGUAGGGGUGGGGGGGGGGACUCAAAAAGCUGUGGCAUAUAUAUCAUCCAGGUUGUUUUUUUAGACUUUACCGAUGAUGGAAUUGUCAUGUUAGUUUUUAGUCAACAUUAGGCGAAGUAGCCAAGAGCCUUUUGUUUUGGUAAAUUAGCGAGGGAAAUAGCAUUUUCAGAGGAGUCUCUUUUCUCAUUGAACUUAGCUGGGAGUCGAGUUCUUCUCUUUUUCCAACCAAUGAAGUUAAAUGGAUAGCCCAGAAACAUUUUCCCAGGCCAGGGUAGGGGCCAUACCAGCUCAUCACUAAGGAUGCAUCUAGGCAGAAAUUAGUACACUUUCUAUACCUUGUAGAAUUGUGUGCUGUAGCAUUACUCUGAUUUUCUAAUAAUGUAAGAGAAUGCUGGUAGUUAAAAAUUUUUGUUAGGUCUUGUAUUUUGAAUUUUCGGUAGCAUUCAGAGGUGUAGCAGCAAAGACUAUUUUGGACUUGAGAAAUGCCUAUGAUGGGUAUUUUCCAAACUCCCCCCUAUAUGUACAGUUCAGUUUAACCACUGAUUGCCUUGUUAUUUUCAUACUAGGUUCUAUGUGAGAUUUUAAAAAGAAAAAUCACUGGUUCAAAACCAACAAUGCCUAGUGAGUAUGUGUCCACAGGCCAUCACAGGGUAGAAGCGAAUCAGAGCGACCUGACUAGCAGAGGGACUGCCUUUCUAGUGAAGUGGUAGACUAUCCUUGCAGACUCUUUGCUGGGUUCAGUCUUGUAAAGCUGUUGUCUGCUCCUUGGCAGUUGUGAAUAGGCCGUAUUGACUAAGCAGAUUAGGGGCUCUUGCAUUCUUCAUUCACCUAUUACAUAGUUCUCUGAUUUGAAUAAAGGCUUGUCCUGCUGGAUUAAGUAUGCAGAGCCAUAAACUUUCCAUUUUGUUAGGAUCAGGUAGGCGAGUAAGAAUUGGACCAGGACCUUGUCUCACACUGAUGAUACCUCAGACAUUGGCUGGCUUUGUGAACUGCCUAUUUCCUAUGCUGGAGUAGUUUUGAUUUUUAACUAAAUAAUACCUAUAGAUUCUCUCCUCCCUCAUCCCAGAAAACAAAAUAAUGCUUUUUGAAAUUGUUUCUAGGUUUUAAAAUAAAAAAUGAUGGUACUAUCCAAAGUUCUUUAUUUUAGAACAUGACAGUAGAUUCCAUUAACAUAGGCCCAAAGAUCAAAACAGCUUAUCUUCUAAGAUCAGUUAGACUGUUGACUCCAAGGGUUUUGAUCAGUUCCAUAACGAACCUUUUCCUUGUCAAACUCUUAUUAUUGUUGCUCACUGGGAGGGAAUGAGAGUGUGUGUCUGCGUGUGUUUGUGUCUUGUGUGUUUGCAUCUGCACAUAGCAUCCACCAAUAUCAGUGCCUGCCUGCGUUAGGAAAAUUACAUUCCUGGUUCUGUAUGAGAAGGUUGUAUAAAGCAACAUGAACCAUUAGCCCUCAUUUUGUUUUAAAUUGCAGACUAAUGUUAAUAAUUAUUCUUAGAACUGGAUUUUUUUCCUCAAAAUUAAAAGUUCUUUUUCUUUUGGAUAUAAUGAAGUAUUGCUAGCUGAAGCCAGUUUGACAUGGUGAGAGAUGUCAGACUGAUGAAAGGUGUGCAGCCUGAUUUAAAACCAAACCCCAAACCCUUUUAAAGAACAAUAAAACAUAUUUUACAUGCUCUUA